AAAAAAAAAAAAGAAAACAGAUGACCUCACUCCCCCUGCGACCACCGCGGCAGCAGCGUGAUGGAGGCGUGCGGCUCCUCCAGUGUUUCUCUUCGAGAGUUUGGUUGUGAGCAGAGUUUACUCUCUCGUCCGGACGGUUCAGCCUCCUUCACUCAAGGAGACACGAGUGUGUUGGCUGCAGUGUACGGACCAGCCGAGGUCAAAGUCAGCAAGGAAAUCUAUGACCGGGCGACUCUGGAGGUGUUGAUUCAGCCCAAAGUUGGCCUGCCAGGUGUAAGGGAGCGUUCACAAGAGCAGUGUGUGCGAGAGACCUGCGAGGCAUCUCUGCUCCUGACACUUCAUCCUCGCUCCUCACUCACUCUCAUUCUUCAGGUGAUACACGAUGCUGGUUCGCUCUUGUCCUGCUGUUUGAAUGCGGCCUGUAUGGCUCUUAUGGACGCGGGUCUGCCUAUGAGUUGCCUGUUCUGUGGAGUGACCUGUGCCAUCGACACAGAUGGUCAAAUCAUCACAGACCCCACUGCAGCUCAGGAGAAGGAAAGUCGAGCUUUGAUGACCUUUGCCGUUGACAGUAAAGAUCGCAAAGUAUUGAUGUCAUUAACCAAAGGAUCGUUUUCAGUUCACGAGCUGCAGCAGUGUAUAGCAGUCAGUCAGAAAGCCUCAGAGAAGAUCUUUCAGUUCUACAGAGAUUCUGUCCGGCGGCGAUACUCCAAAACCCUCUGAUGAAGAAGAAAGCGCUCUUCUUUUUUUUUUUUUUUUUUUUUUUUUACCUAAAAAAACAACGUAUACAAGUACUGAUUUUGUAAGAAAUUAAUUUGCUUCAAUUCAGUUGUGGUGAGCUGUGCUGUGGGUGAACUGUCAGUGAGGGUGCAGAAUAAGAAGAGGGAAGAUGAAUGUCAAACAAGUGCAUUUAAUGGGAUUCAUUGUUUCUUCUCUCAGUUUAAUAUUUACAUGUAAUACAAGGGUGUGAACUGGGAAAUAACUGAAUAUCUCUUGUACUAAUAAACCUCAUUUGCCACAA